AUGAAAAGUGUCCAUCUUGUUCUUCUUCUUCUCCGGUUUUUCUGGGCGAAAAACGAGAAGAAGAUGGAAGAGAUAGAAGACUCACGUCGUCUGAAUCAGGCUCUUCUCGUGUUUUUUCUCCCAUCUCUCCCGUGUGGUUAUUGCUGCUCUUACGUCUUUUUUCUAGGAGAAAAAAUGGCAAAACGGAGAGUGGGACAACUUUUCUCUUUUCUUAUAUGGAGAGAACCCAAAAUGAAGGUACUAACAAAGGAGAACUCUCUGGAAAAUUGUUUGGAAGACGAGGAGAAGAAGCAGUUCGGAGAGAAUGGGAAAACCAAUUUUGGCUCUAACUGUAUGAGCAAAGUUCUUGAAAGUUUGGAACUUGAAAAAAAUUGGAGAUGGGAACAUGUUUCCUCAAAAUCUCUGAAUAAAGAUUAUGAGGGUCCUAAAACUUUAGAGAUUCGCCCAUUCGCCCAAAUUCCGAAAUUUCCAAAGUUUGGAUUUGAGAUUCCAGGAAUCUGGGAAUCUAGAAAUUCAAGUUUGCGGGAUUCCAGAAUUUUUUCUUUUUUGACUCUUGGUGCCAAAAAAGAAGAAGAAGAAGAAGAAAGAUCUGAAAACCGAGAAGAGAUAGAAGAUCAAAAGAUGAAGAAGACGAUUGUUUUUUCCGCUUUUUUGUACUCGUUGAAAUGUGGGUCACCCGGAUACAGGUCACCCCGGUUCCAGGUCACCCAGAUUCAGGUCACCCGGAUACAGGUCACCCCGGUUCCAGGUCACCCAGAUUCAGGUCACCCGGAUACAGGUCACCCCGGUUCCAGGUCACCCAGAUUCAGGUCACCCGUAUCCAGGUCACCCAGAUUCAGGUCACCCGUAUCUAGGUCACCCGGUGGGGGUCACCCGGUUCCAGGUCACCCGGAUCCAGGUCACCCGGAUCCAGGUCACCCAGAUUCAGGUCACCCGUAUCUAGGUCACCCGGUGGGGGUCACCCGGAUCCAGGUCACCCGUAUCCAAGUCACCCGGAUCCAGGUCACCCGUAUCCAGGUCACCCGGAUCCAGGUCACCCGUAUCCAGGUCACCCGUAUCCAGGUCACCCGUAUCCAGAUCACCCGUAUCCAGGUCACCCAGACUCAGGUCACCCGUAUCCAGGUCAUCAGGUCAGGGUCACCCGAAUCCGGUUCACCCGCCAGACUCAGGUCACCCGUAUUCAGGUCACCCGGUCAGGGUCACCCCAAUCCGGGUCACCCGAAUCCGGGUCACCCGGUCAGGGUCACGGGAAUCCAGGUCACCCGGAUCCAGGUCACCCGGAUACAGGUCACCGGGACCAAGGUCACCCGGACCCAUGUCACUCGGAUCCUGGACCCAGGACUAGGAUCCAGGAUACCCGGAUCCUGGACCCAGGACUAG